AUGCCAGAGGGAAAAAGCACCCCUGAUUUCCAGUGUAAACCAGUGGCAGUAACUAUUGAGAAAGCUUCAACAAAUCCAGCAGAUUUCAGAAAACUGCUGAAGAAGAGUAAAGUAGAGAGAGCAGAUGGAGAAUCUGAUGAAAGGUUCUGGGAUGCCAUGUUAAAAGCUGACCGGAACGACUAUGAGCGCAUCUGUUCAGAAUUUGGUGUUAAAGACUUACAUUUGAUUCUCAAGAAACUGGAUGAAAAGAAGAAGGAGAAAUCACAAAAUAAGAGGAAGGAUGAUAUAAUUCCCUAUGAUGAAAAUGAAACAGGGAAACACAGUCUAAAGAGUGUUGGAAGGACAACGAAUUUCUCUAUUGAUGGCCUGAUGCAAAAGGACACAGAGCUUUGUAAGGGGGAUAUUCAAGAGGCCAACCUUCGAAAUGCAGGGCUGCCUCAAAUGGAUCCUGAAAAGUUCAUACUCCCUGCAGAGUUUAAAUUUUCCAAAGUCGACUUUGUGAUCAAAAUUCAAGAGAUUAAAGCUGAAGAAAGGGAGGAUGCUUUGUUUGAGUGUGUCCUGACACACCCGCUACCUAACAUCACAUGGAUGGGCAAAGGCAACAUCCUGGAGGAUGGAGAAAAAUAUCAUUUAACUAUGUCAGACCACAAACUCAUCCAUAGGCUCCUCAUCAAGGACUGCCAGAUGCUGGACAAAGGCAUCUAUUCCGCUGUGGUUGGCAAUACAUCCUGCAAUGCCUGGUUGGUUGUGGAAGCUGACAGUAAUCCUGCACCUGGUGGUGAGAGGAGACCCCGUAAAACUACUGUGGCUCGUGGAGCACGGACUGACAUUGAGAAAGUGGCCCAAGAGCAGCAACUAAAAAUACAAGGGGAGAUGGAGAAACUCUUGGCAGAAGUAAAUGCAAAAUACGGAGCAGUACAUAUAACCGACAAACUAUCUUUAGAAGAACUGGCAUUAGAAGAACUGACUUUAAUCUUAAGCACAGGUGGAAAAUACAGUAAAGUUACUGGACAAGAUCCAAAAGAACUAGCAAGUGAAAAUGAAUCAAGUUGCUAUGAUGAGGAUGAAGAUGCUACUGACCAGGACAAGCACACAAUUUCUCCAAAGCAAGACCAAAAGCCAAAGGAUGCACUCGAUGAUCCAGGGGUUCAGUUCAUCUGUGGUUUGACUGAUGUCAGUGCGAUCAUCAAUGAGAUCGCUGAGUUAACAUGUAAGCUUAGCAGUGAAGACUGUGAAGGAGCCUGGUUCAGAGAUGGCAAACAGAUAUUCCAAGAUGAAAGUUUCUCCAUAACUAAAGCUGGGCCAAUUCAUAAAUUGGUCAUAAGCAAGUGCACGGAAGAGCACUCUGGAAAAUACCGUUUUGAGGCAGAUGGCCGUAAAACAGAGGCAAUGAUAAAUGUCAAAGAUCCUCCCAGGUUUGACCUUGAAGACCUCAGUGCUUUUACUGAGCCAAAGACAGUUAAAGUGGGGCACAAUGCCAUCUUCAAAUUGCAUUUUCUUGGACACAAACCCAUAAAGAUUCAGUGGUUCAGAGAAGGAGAAGAGCUCCAAGAUGACAACAAUACAAGGAUAGAAAAAUCUGCAAGCCAAAGCCGGUUGCUUCUGAGCAGAUGCCAGAGGAAGGACACAGGAGAGAUCAAGAUCAAGCUAAAAAAUGAACACGGCUUCACUGAGGCACUCUCACGGCUUAUUGUGCUUGACAAACCAACCCCACCUCUGGGUCCUGCAGAGGUAACAGAGAGCUCAGCUACAUGUAUUGAAUUUAGAUGGCGCCCUCCAAAGGAUGAUGGUGGCUCCCCAGUGAUUAACUACAUAAUGGAGCGUCAGCAAGUGGGGCGAAACACCUGGAAGAAAAUAGCGGAAAUACCAGGUGUGUCCAGUUACCGAGACACAGGCGUAGAGCGAGGGCGGAAAUACUGUUACCGCAUCCGAGCAGUGACUGCAGAAGGCACAAGCGAAGUUAUGGAAACUGAGGAAAUGCAAGCUGGCACACUUGCCUUCCCUGGCCCUCCAGCACCUCCAAAAGUGGCCAGCGCUUUUGAUGACUGUAUAAAUCUUUCAUGGGCUCCUCCAAGUAACACGGGAGGUUCACGUAUCUUGGGCUAUAUUUUGGAGAAACGAAAGAAGGGAAGUAAUCUCUGGUCUGUUGUCAAUGCCAAUGAUGAGCUCAUAAAUGAAAAGAAAUAUGCAGUGAAGGAUGUUGUUGCGGGUAUGGAAUAUGAAUUCAGAGUUACUGCCAUAAAUCUCUCAGGAGCAGGUGAAUUUAGCAGCCCUUCAGAGUUUGUUUUUGCACGAGAUCCUAAGAAGCCUCCUGGUAAAGUUACAGGCCUUAAGGUGACAGAAACCUCCUACAACCACUUGGUCCUAACUUGGACAAAACCAGAAGACAAACCAGGCAUACAGGAUGAAGCAAGAGGGUAUUUUGUUGAGAUUCGGCAAGCAGAUUGCAUCGAAUGGUCCCGCUGUAAUAGUACCCCCAUCAUCAUGACUUCCUUCAGUGUGAAAGGCCUGAAAUCCAUGGACAUGUACUGGGUAAGAGUGAUUGCCAUUAAUGAUGGAGGAGAGAGUGAGCCCGAGGAGCUGCCCAACUAUGUACUGGCAAUGCCUUCACCAGUGAGGCCAAGAUUCACAAACCACAAGAUGAAGAGUUUCUUUGUUGUGCGGGCAGGAAACUCUGUCAGGAUCACAGUCAAUUUUGAGGCUUCUCCUCGGCCAGCAAUUAUCUGGCUAAAGGAUAAUGUGCCAGUUACAAAGCGGAUCACAAUCAGUAACUCUGAUGGCUCCUCCCAGUUGCUGAUUCCUUCUUCUGAGCGCUCUGAUUCCGGCAUCUACUCCAUUUUGGUGAAAAAUCUCGUAGGGCAGGAAACAUUAAGUGCAGAAGUCAGGGUCACAGAUGAUCCAAAACCACCUGGACCAGUAGAACUGGAAGAAAAUGUGCCUGGUACUGUGACAGUAAUCUGGGAACCUUCUCCUGAUGAGAAGCGUGAUGACCGUCUCCACUACACCGUGUCCAAACUGGACUCUACCAAGCGUUCGUGGGUCACAGUGGCUGACAGGCUCUUCAAUAACAAGUUCACAGUCUGCAAUAUCAUAAAUGGAAGGGAAUAUCAUUUCCGGGUCUAUGCCAAAAAUGACAUGGGCAUAUCUGCACCCUCUGAGUCACCAACCUGGGAGGUGGAGAAGAAGAAAGAAAAGUUUCUAGUAAGUGUACCAACCAUGAAGGACUGUGAUUUGCGGUGUGCCCCAUCCUUCAUUGUUCCACUGAAGCUGCACACUGCACCCAAAGGUUAUGAAUGCUAUAUGAGCUGUGCAGUGAAAGGAAACCCCAAACCUCGCAUAACAUGGUAUCGAAAUCACAUCAGUCUAAACACUAAUACCAACUAUUACAUCUCCAACACCUGUGGAGUUUGCACCAUGUUAAUCCUCCGUGUGGGUCCCAAAGACAUGGGAGAGUACAGCGUCAUUGCAGAGAACAGCUUGGGACGAGCCGAAUGCUCCACCAUCCUUAAUGUCAGAGAGUGAAGACAUGGAAGAUGCCAGUACGGUGUGAGCAACAUUUUUUUGAAAGAUCAACUGUGUAGCACAGGAUGAUUGGCAAGAUUGUGCUCUUGUUUAUUGAAUUGGUACUAAAAUAAAAUAAAUAAAUAAAUACAAUUAAAAAAUAA